UUUUUUGAAAAGCCUCCGCCACAUCCACCACCUUCUUUCGCGAUUGUUGUAGUCCUCGGACUCUAAUCCUCUCGAAAACCAUUAACAUCAUCAACUUCAACUUCAAGUUAAUUCAAAGAGCUUUAGCUUAGUUCUAGGAGAAUCAUUUUUCAUCGAUUAUUCGAUUCGAUUUACAUUCUUCACUUGUCGACCUCGAUCUCGACACACACACCCUCCAACAACCAAGAUGUCUCUGAAGCAGAUCGUCCUUGCCACCACUGUGGUCGGAAAUGCAUCCGCCGUGAUGCUCGCGACCACGAAGGUACAGGAGCCGCGCAAGAACUUGGUUCCGUGCGCGAAAUACAUCGAUGACGGGUUCAAUGCUCUCCAAAAGGGGCAGCACGGCCACGUCUCAUUCUUACGGCUACUUCUUGUACCGCUAUAGUUAAAUUAAUAAGUAUCUCGUCCCUUACCCUUUAUCCAUGUAUCGCCCGUAUGGGUUAUACACUUCUUCGGCCAUUUUAUCGUCGCAGGAAAUGUUUCGUCUUGACGGUGAUUCUGUACAAUCACCUGAGACGUAAUGAUGAUGACCCUUUAUUCCCUACUUAGUCCUGUGGAAGGCGAGUCAACUCCUAUCCUCUCCUAGUACUUCUAGUACAGCACGAUGUAGAUAGAAGACCUUCUUUGGAAGUCGUAAUGGGUCAUCUUUCUCGUCUAUGCUAUCGUUCUUCUUCUUGUUGAAAAAGAACAAGCCCCCAGGUAGCAAAUCUUAAGGACUCUCAAGUAGGAGGCAGAUGAGAAGGCCGCGACAAUCAUUCCUUUUUGAUCCUUAGAAUCUAUCUGAGACUUGAAGUCACUUCGAUAAUUAUCAACCUUCCUUGUUCGUGAUGCUACGAGAAUUGCGAGCUCUAAGAUUCCAGAAAACCUCUGCGAUGGAGUACUACGCCGUUUUUCAGAUGGUCAAUAAGUGUCGCUCCAAAAAUGGGAUGACGAUUCUGGCCAAGCCGGACACUGGAGCUUCGACCGUGGAGGAGAAUGUGAGCAACCAGAUGAUUCUCAACUCGAUCUCCGACUUCGUUUCCAUUAAGAAAGGGAGACAUACAAACUAAGAAUAAGUAAGUAAGUAAGUAAAUAGAAACAAUAAGGAAGAUAUAGUUAUACAUAGAUAUGCUUAUUAAUAUUGAGGAAGCUUAUUAGCUUAACCUUUCGGCUCUAACUACAGUUGACGUAGUUGUAGACUGUGCCUGUAGCUUGUUUUCAGUUCCUUUUCGUCUUACUAGUGAUCAUUUUCAGAGGAAGAGGAUGAAUUUUUGUACUAAGAAGAUGUUGCCGCGCUUGAGGACGCAGAUGCUUUUUGUCCUAGAAAUUAAUAACUACGUACAACAUGAUGGAUCAUCCAAUCAUGAGGAAAAGAAAGCUGCAGCUUCUUGCGGUAGUUGCAGAUUACUUACUUGAAAUUGAAGAACGUGAACGAAGUGCUGCUUCAUCUACUUUGUCUUUGGAUACAUAAGUUGUAAAAGAUAUUAUAAAAAUCUUUCAUCCCUUUGUUCCCUGACCAAUGGUCAUGACCUAGUUUCUCACCCCGAACCCUUCUUCUACGACAUGAACAUGUUGUCCAACUGUUCCUGUUUCUAACUAAAAUAGCAAAGGAUUCAUCUCGUCCUUGAAGGAAUCGGAGGGCGAAACCCCGGUUCUGGGUGAACAGAAAUACCCUUACGCGAAACAGGUCCGCGCUCUGAUCACUAAGAAGAUGUUUUCCAAACCAGGACCCGGAGUCACCGCCGAUCAGUCUGACUUACGGCUUAAAAAGAUACUAAAUCGCAAAUGAUAAACCAUGUUCAUGUUGAUCUCCCUCUAAAAAUUUCAAUUCCUAGUUGUACAACAGGAGCAUGAACAAGAUAGGUAGUUGGAGAAGUUCUUCAUACUUAUUGAAAAUACAGUAGGAGCUCCUAUCAUUGAUUUUGAUAUGACUCAUCUCCUUUCAAGCAGAAUACAAUUGAUUUUGAUAUGACUCCUACCUACAUAUAUAUAUCAUGUAGCUUUAGGCUAAAAAGGAAGAAAGAAAGAUGUGGCCAACUAUGUCAGAUGUGUCUCAACUAUGUUCACUAUGUUGAUAGAAGAAGACUAUGUACGUAUAUGAAGAUUGCCAGUCGUGACCCUCUACUGUUGUUCGUAGUUAUACUUAAUAUCAGGUCUUUUGGCUCAAGAGAGAACAGAAAGGAAAGCUUGAGCUUAAACUCAAGAAGUGGAUUAAUGACUUACUAAUGAAAGCGGCUACAAUCUAAACAAUACAUCUCUCUUCUUAAUAUCAGGUCUGUCUCUUUUCUAGUUAGGUCGGCUCCACCACAAAUAUGAUAGCUACUCCGCCACUGAAGUCGAAUAGUAGUAGGACUAGGAUACCACUACCAAGGAAGCAUAUGCAUACUACAGAAUGGUGGAUCCUCUUCUUCUAACAAAAGCUGACUUCUUCAAGCAAUGCUGCUCCGAUGCUCGCAAUGUGGAACAAGCUAUCGUGGCUCAGAACCAGGAGAUGCAAAGUGCAAACUUAAGGUCUUCUUCAGAUUUUCUCCUUCUAUCUCAUCAUCUCGAUACCCUGCUUUUGCCCUGUAUUCUCAUGAAAUGCAAGGUCAAAGGUUCACAGUCGUGAAUGCUCACCUCUCCGUAGGCGAGCCGACUCCUAUCCUAUCCUAUCCUAUCCUAUUUUACUGAUAAUUCCAAUAGGGUAGGCACUAUCGUACAGCUGGCACUGUACUAAAGAUAGUGCAACGUGAUCAGACGAUAAGUAAGCAUCAGUUACUACUGCCUAUAAUUCUCGGCUCUUAUCUCACGCUUACCGGCUAUUAUUCCUAUGAAUUGAUGCAACAAGGGUAAAAAUACUUAAGAGAUGAAUAUAUCGAGAUGAGGGGACCGAACGGCCAAGGGGUCAAGACCAAGGGGUCUUCAAUGAAUCAACAGGUCAAGGUCAAAGGGUCAAGACUCUAACAAAUGACGCAAAUUUGGCUGCUGGCAUCCAAGCCGCUGAACAAUCCGCCCCCGAAGAAAAGGCAGCUGCUGACAAGAAGACCGCCGCCGAAGAAAAGGCAGCUGCGGACAAGAAGAAGAAGGAGGAAGACUCCCAAUGCUGUCGUUAAAGUUAAGGGAUUUUUCAUUUACAACAUCCUCCACUAUCUAAUAUGUUCCUUGAGAAGUAGACCUUUUCUAUAUAUUUUCUUGUAGAAAUACAAUAAAGAGAGGUCUGCUACUUGUCCAGGAUCAUGUUCUGAGGUGGAGUGUAUAACUUUGCAAUCUGCUGCUCUAAUAAAGAAACAGCAAGACGACUUGGUGAUACUAUUUCCACCUUGGUGAUACUAUUUCCACUUAUUUUACUAUACUGCUGCUUGCUUGGGUGCUCGUUCUUCGGAGGUCGCUUGGAUGGAAACGAGAUGGAAGGAGACUUGCUGGUAAGUAGUCUGCACUGCACUGAACUUUGUGCGAGAUUAGUUGUAUUGUAUUGUAGAUGGAAGUAAGUGGAAUUCAGUAUCAUAGUGUGAGUAUGAGGAGGUGGGCGUGGGGAUGCUAGUAUCAACCUCAGCAUGGGGGUUUCAUGAAAGACAUGCUGUUGAAGUUGAUCCUAGCAGUGCAAAGGAUGGAGCCUGCUAGCGGCUAAGACGUUGACGUUCUUAACUACACGUGAAGAUGACGUAGUGUUGACUAGUGAUUAAGAUGAUGUGAGGGGAGAAUCAUAUUAGAAGGAAGUUGCAGGUGAGUUCAGUAUUCACUGUGAUCAUGUUGAGUUCAAUGUUGACUAUCAUGAUAGAAUUAUCGGAGUCUUGAUCCUCUCAAGACUUUGCUGUAACUCAUCGUGGAGGCUUCUUUUGGGGGUGAUAUUCAGUCAUCGUAGUUUUGUUGCCUUAUUUUCUUCAUAACAAGAAGUAGAAUAGCAGUCACUACUAAGAUGGCAUGAUUCUGAUGCGGGGAAGUUUUUGGCAUUCGUAAUUAAUGAUAUUUUUCACAACAACGAGAAUUACUUAGCUGUAAUUUAUGAUGUAUUCUGUAUUCGCGAACAGUAAUCAAUGGUUAUAAAGAUGUAGCUAAGCUGAACAUGAGUAAGUAUCAGUUAGUAAAUAGGACAUCAAUAGUGUUGAAUAAACAUCAUCUGGCAGUUCGUCUAUAAAAAUUCCUAACUACACUACUUGUCCAGAGUCUUCAUGCACUUAUUGGUAUUGCGUGAUCAGAUGAAUGGGCAAACCCAAGGUUAGAGGGAAGAUAAGCACAGUGAGAGGAGGAAAGCCAGUGAUCAAAAGUAAUAGAACAAUUAAUAGGGUAAUAUAAUCUAAUCUAAGUAAGUCGCCAACCUACCUACUUUCCACGUUUGAGAUUUACUAACAGAGAUUGUAAAAGAGGAUGGAUCUUCGUUGUGAUGAUUACAUAAAGAACGAAGCAAGUCGUGGGUUUCGUAGCACUUCAAGCUAUCGAUCACCAGACGCAUCGAUCAACGUUAGGCAAUCCCAAAUUAUGAACUUAAAGAAAAAGAUCAUCUGGUAGCAUGUUAAAUUUCCAUUGCUAAGCACGAAGAUGUUGUAGAGUUUGUACUUUUACUAGCAACGCCAGCAAGGUCGUCUACAAGAGAUUCGACAUCUACGACAUACAAAAGUGGUGCUGACAAGCAAUGAGGGAAGACUGGUGUUAUUAUACACAACAGAGAGGGAAAACCAGUGGUCAUCAAACGGAAGAUUGAAAAUGAAUCAUAUAAAAAUUGACAGAUAUUAAUGUUGGGAAUAAGAAAAAAAACUGCGGCACCACUGCUGGUGCAGUGGUUGGAGCCUUGUUUUUCAGCGGCGUCGAAGAUCGUCUAGUUGUUCUUGUUCUUCUUGACUACGAGUCACUGAAAUAGGUGAAAUGUAAUACAACCCUUGCCAAGUGAAAGAAGCUCAGCAAGUUGCUGAUGAUCUGUCAUAGAGACCAAGUAGGAGAGGACCUUCUAUUCAACUCGAUGAGGACAAACUGCCGAGAAAGAACAACGUGAGAAGGAAGGCUCUUAUCGCUGACGAAUGUUGUGGAGAAGCUCCUUUAGUCCGUUGUAGGACUAGAUUUGCAUUCAGCAAACAUACGUCGUCGUCGUCGUUUACCCAUCUAACGCUAAGACUAACUGAAGAGAUCAUAACACUAAGACUAACUGAAAAGAUCAUGAUCAUCUAAGUCUAACAAAGUGAAGACACUGCUACGAUUCUUGAUCGAUGUUAUUGCUCAUUUUUGUACACCCAUGACGGCCACGGCUGCUAGCAAAUCUUUCAUCACCGAGACUGUGUCGUGAUGUAUAGUCUUUUUACUCCUCCGUCAACGUCAGGUGUGAUGGAUAUGCUCAACAGAACGAAAUAGGAGCCCUUUUCCACUCAGCGCCAUAUUCGUUCUGAGCAAGAACGGCCUUGUUUGUUCAUCAGUUCACUUGCAGGUGGAGAGAGACGGGAGACCACGACUUGUCUGUCGUUUGUGAAACGCAUUGCGCCCCAUCCGGUUUGCGAAAACCAUUUGUGUAUGAGAAAAAUUAUCUGGAGAACUUGUUAUUUUUACAGGCGGAUACUAGAAGUGCAGAGCCACAUUGUUCCUGUUUGAAACUGUAGAGAGUCGGUCUGAGAGAAAGAGACGCAACUAUCCUGUGAGUCUGAGUGGAUACCACGUAGUGCAAUUAGAGGCAUCACGUCGUGAACAAGGCCACCUGACUGGCAUGCUUCUGUUUGAGUUAGAGCAGAGUCUGUCGACAAGCGAGAUCAACAUGGUGGAGAGUCGUGGAGUAGUUGGAGAAGUUGUUUGUCUGUCUGAGUCCGUCGAGUCUGAGUUGCUACGAAAAGUUCUGUCUGAGAAGAAAUCUGCUGUGGAGAGAUGAGGGUUCACUAUAUCUAUGGUCUUACUUUUUAUUUGAUAAGAUAAUAUUUGAUUCAAAUUGUACUUGUACUAGUGCUUGUGCUGCUAUCGUGCAUCCUGAUCCUCAUCUCGAAGUUCCAUUCCGAUUCCAUAUUUUUAUCUUUAUCAAACAACAUGACGAAAAAAAGUUGGCCGGUACCCUGGAGCGAACUAGUGUGUGCACAUAGCGCGAGAACCGAGCACUUCUCUGAGGCAAGUACAGGCCUCGGCCGCCUCUGAUGAGAAGACCUCCAGGGCUGUUGGACGACACGCGGCGCCUAGAAUAGGCGGAUCCUACUUAGCUUGGACAUUACUAUAAUUCUGUACUUAUAUACUUUUUAGCUACUAUCCUUCCUUUUUCUCUUCCUAGUUAGCUUGGCUCCACCCGUUUUAUCAAACAACAUGACGAAGAUACAAACCAAAUUACAGCAGUAUAUCUUGUUGAUUGAAGCUUUUUUGAAAAGCCUCCGCCACAUCCACCAUCUUCUUUCGCGAUUGUUGUAGUCCUCGGACUCUAAUCCUCUCGAAAACCAUUAACAUCAUCAACUUCAACUUCAAGUUAAUUCAAAGAGCUUUAGCUUAGUUCUAGGAGAAUCAUUUUUCAUCGAUUUUUCGAUUCGAUUCACAUUCUUCACUUGUCGACCUCGAUCUCGACACACUCACCCUCCAACAACCAAGAUGUCUCUGAAGCAGAUCGUCUUUGCCACCACUGUGGUCGGAAAUGCAUCCGCCGUGAUGCUCGCGACCACGAAGGUACAGGAGCCGCGCAAGAACUUGGUUCCGUGCGCGAAAUACAUCGAUUACAGGUUCAAUGCUCUCCAAAAGGGACAGCACGGCCACGUCUCAUUCUUACGGCUCCUUCUUGUACCGCUAAUUAUGAAUAAGUAUCUCGUCCCUUACCCUUUCCCUACUUAGUAUUUCUGACGGUAGUACAGGUCACCCUGUGGAAGGCGAGUCAACUCCUAUCCGUUCCUAGUACUUCUAGUACAGCACGAUGUAAGUAGAAGACCUUCUUUGGAAGUCGUAAUGGGUCAUCUUUCUCGUCUAUCGUUCUUCUUCUUGUUGAAAAAGAACAAGCCCCCAGGUAGCAAAUCUUAAGGACUCUCAAGUAGGAGGCAGAUGAGAAGGCCGCGACAAUCAUUCCUUUUUGAUACUUAGAAUCCAUCUGAGACUUCAAGUCACUUCGAUAAUCAACCUUCCUUGUUCGUGAUGCUACGAGAAUUGCGAGCUCUAAGAUUCCAGAAAACCUCUGCGAUGGAGUACUACGCCGUUUUUCAGAUGGUCAAUAAGUGUCGCUCCAAAAAUGGGAUGACGAUUCUGGCCAAGCCGGACACUGGAGCUUCGACCGCGGAGAAAAAUGCAGAGAAUCAGAUGAUCCUCACCUCGAUCUCCGACGUUGUUUCCAUUAAGAAAGGAAGACAUACAAACUAAGAGCAAUAGAUAUGCUUAUCGAGGAAGCUUAUUAGGUUAACCUUUCGGCUCUAACUACAGUUGACGUAGUUGUAGACUGUGCCUGUAGCUUGUUGUCACUUCCUUUUAGUUUUACUAGUGAUCAUGAGUUUAUUUAUGGUAUAGAUUUGUAGUUGCGCUUGCCUCUACUACUAGUAGAUCUUGUUGUUUCAUCAGAAACUGACACGUAUUUAUUUAGAAGUGUACUUUCGUCACAAAUUUCUAUCUAUCAUUUUCAGAGGAAGAGGAUGAAUUUUCGUACUAAGAAGAUGUUGCCGCGCUUGAGGACGCAGAUGCUACUUUUUCUAGAUAAAUUUAUAACUACCUACAACAUGAUCAUCCAUGAUCGAUGAACUUAAAUACUUGAAAUUGAUGAAGAACGUGAACGAAGUGGUGCUUCUACUUUAUUGGAUAGACAUAAGUUCUUGUUAAAAAUAUUUUUAAAUUUUUCAUUCCUUUUUAUUUGUUCCCUGGCCAAUGACCAUGACCUACAACUUUCUCAUCCCGGACCCUUCUUCUACAACAUGAAGAUGUUGUACAGCUGUUCCUGUUGCUGUUUCUAACUAAAAAAGCAAAGGAUUCAGCUCGUCGUUGAAGAUUGAAUCGGAGGGACAGACUCCUGUUCUGGGUGAACAGAAAUACCCUUACGUGAAACAGGUCCGCGACCUGAUCACCAAGAAAACGUUUACGAUGGAGUCGCGCCUCCUCGGGAUCAGCCCAGAGGAAUCUGACGCUGACUUCUUCAAACAAUGCUGCUUCGAUGCUCGCAAUGUGCAACAAGCUCUCAUCAAGAACGCGGCGCAACAGACAAACUUAAGGUCUUCAGCUUUUCUCCAACUACCUCAGCAUCUAGAUACCCUGCUUUUGCCCUGUAUUCUCCUGAAAUACACUCUCAAAGGUUCACAGUCGUGAAUGCUCACCUCUCCGUAGGCGAGCCGACGCCUAUCCUAUCCUAUUAUUCCUAUGAAUUGAAAUUGAUGCAACAAGGCCAAGGGUAAUACUUAAAAGGUUAAUAUGUCGAGAUGAGGGGACCUAACGGUCAAGGGGUCAAGACCAAAGGGUCAAUGAAUCAAAAGGUCAAGGUCAAAGGCCCAAGACUCUAACAAAUGACGCAAAUUUGGCAGCUGCGGACAAGAAGAAGAAGGAGGAAGACUCCCAAUGCUGUCGUUAAAGUUAAGGGGUUCUUCGUUUACAACGUCAUCCACUAUCUAAUAUGUUGCUUGAGAAGUGUUUGUGAACACUAGCACUGCACCUUUACACUCUUAAAGUGCUGCGCGUUUUUUAUAAUUCCCGGCCUGUUUGUGAGAUUGAUUAAGAACAGAGAUCGGAAAAGAGGAGGGAUCUUCGUUGUGAUGUCUACAUAAAGAACGAGCCAAGUCGUGGGCUUCGUAGCACUUCAAGCUAUCGAUCACGCACCAGACGAUCGAUCAACGUUAGCCAAUCCCAAAUUAUGAAUUUAUAGCGUAAAGAAAAAGGUCAUCUGGUAGCAUGUUAAAUUUCCAUUGCUAAGCACGAUUUUGUUGUAGAGUUUUUACUACUUGACGCAACACGACGAGCAGGGUCGUCUGCAAGGGAUGAAUCUCCAACAAACUACGGCAUACAAAAGUGCUGACAAGCAAUGAGGGAAGACUGGUGUUAUUAUACAUAACAGAGGAGGAAAGCCAGUGGUUAUCAAACGGAAAAUUGAAAAUGAGUCAUAUAACAAUUGACACACUAUCAAGAAUCAUGACAGCACAGAUAGUGUUGGCGAUGAAAAUA